CUGGCAACCAAGGAGAGAAGGUGUUUUACUGCUCAGAAGAAUCAACUCCCAACACAGCAAGGCUCAGCCAGGAUUUAUACAAGGAGGGAAGCUGAAACGGCUGCAGGCUGUGUGCCAGGGGUGCGCUGGGCUUCUAUUUGGGGAGACUUUACAUUAACCCCUGGGCUGCCUUGCUGGAUUGAGAAGGGUCAUAGUCUGGUUUUGCCAACCUGCCAAGAUCCCUCCCUGUGAAGUUCUGGAAGGCACUUCACUUGCUCCCCCAGAACAGAAUUCAGACAAAGCAAUUCUCCCUCGGAGAGACUCGUACAGAAUCCCAAGCAAGCCACGUCCCACUCCUGCAGUGUCCAAGUUGAUCCCAAAGUCCCAAAGGGCAAAGAUUAUGCCCAAAUGGGUGGGAAUGGGGGGCGCCCAGGGUGCACACCGUCUACUCACUCAGUCAAGAGCUCGGCUGCUCCUUCAGCGGCCAGUUUCCUUCUCUCAACAGAAAGUGAAAGCAGGCUGUGAGCAAGGAGUGGGGAGGGACAGGCAAGUUCCUAAAACUAGCAAGUUCUGCAUCUGCUUGAAAAUACCUAUAGAUCCUCCCCAACCUUCUCAGCCUCACCCCGCUCCUCGCCCCAGAAAGAUGUGGAGGGGCCAAGCCUAGGGGUCCUGACUGCUGCCUGGAUGCACAGCCUUGUCCCCCAGCUAGUCUCGACUGCUCGUUGCUUAAGAAGCCAAUACAGAGAGACAAGCGUUGGGUAGAAGAAAAGUAGCUUUAUCUUAAGGAAGCCGGCCACCAGGGGAGAAGGUGUUUUACGGCUCAGAAGAAUCAACUCCGAACACGGCAAGGCUCAGCCGGGGGAACUUACAUGGAGGGGAGCAAGAAACGGCUGCAGGCUGCACGCUGGGGGUGUGAUGCACUUGGUUUUUUUUUGAAGACUUGACAGUAACCAGGAACCAGAAACCAUCUUGCUGGAGUGAGACUGUGAGUGUAAUCCUUAUAUUGUUAGGAUUGGUGGUUGUAUCUUUUUGGAAAAAGAAAAACAGAAGCAGAACUAAAAAGGCAGAGUGAAACUGAACCAGUCCAUCAAAACCUGGAGCUGUUUUUUAAUUAUUCACAAGCCUUUGGUUUUAAAACCAGUAAGGUUACAACACCAGUGCCAGUGACCUGCCUGACCGUCUCCGUCACCAUGAGGACGUUCUCAGGCCUGAGCUCCAGGACCGCUUUGGGCUUCUUCCUCCACUUGGGGCAGCUGCUCUCCACCUGCGCGCCCUGCUUGCUGGUGGCCAGCAUGGACACUCGGAGUGAGUGCACAGUUAACUGGUCUGUGUUUCUGUGGUGCAUCUGCUUCAGUGGGACCCUCACCGUCUUCAUGGUGGAGUUGUGUGGCCUCCAAUCCCACUUCCCCUUGACCUGCUAUGAUCUUCUCUGCCACUAUGCCUUCUAUUUCACCCAAUUCUGUCUCUUUGCCUCCAUUAUUUUCGCCACCAACUAUGUUCGGUUCUUGCCUCAGAGCCACACCCGGAGCCAAGCCAUCACCGCCACUGCCUGCUCCUUCAUCAGUUCUGUGCUUUACGCCAUCGAAGUGGCCUGGACCUGUGCCCUGACUGGUGAUACAUCCUGCUUUCUGCCUUCUGAUCCAGGCAAGCUGGAAAGGCUGGUGAUCUUCCUGCUCUAUGUCAUUUUGGCUUUAUUUUUAAGCACCACUAUCAACUCCAACAGCGAUUUCCAGUACACGUCUGCCAUGGUAAAACAAACGAUCCUAUGCUCCAUCUUCUUCUACCUGGGGAUGAUGUCCGCCCUGUGGCGUGAAGACAACAAUGAAACACGGAUACCUGUCUACUAUCCUUUACUGUAGAGGGAGACCAUGUCUCCAUCCUCCUGUCUACCAGCGCUCUGUCCUCUGCUCACUUGGCCCCUUUGAUGAGAAGUUGGGUGGGCUGCCCCUGUGGUACAGUGAUGUGAGCUGACGUGAUAAAAAAGAGGAAAAAAAAAAAAAACCUCACCUGCUCUAUGUGCGUCUGGGAUGAAUGUUGGACUGUGGCUGUCUUGACAGCCACUAACCUGCUAAUUUACUUGGCUGACCUGCUGUACAUGGCCUCGGAGGCUUUGCAGGGACUGAGGAUGGGCCCCGGGGCUCCCGAUUUCUCUUCUCACUUGCAGUUUCUUCACUGAGCUCUGAUGUUCUUUUCCUGGUUCGCUCUCUCCCCUCUCACAUCCUUCCCCAUUCAUCUCCCUCCCUUUCCAUUUCCUUCCCUCCUUCUGCUCUGUCUCUUUGUUUACCUUUUUAGCUGCCUUCUCUUUCCACUCUCAUCUUUUCUGUAUUUUCUGCUUUUUGUCUCAAGGGCGAAAAUUAUGGGAAGACUAUAUUUUGUAUGGAAAGUUUCUUUCCAAAUUUUUGUUGGGUGGAUGGGUACUGCUGCUGCUAUAGUUGAAGAAACUGCAUUUCUUGAGUGUGUGCUGUACACACGUGUGUUUCUAUGUGCUAGUUGCUUUCUGCUGUUGCUUCUCUGGGACCCACCCAUCAUAUGAUCUAAAUAAAUGUAAAUACGCAUAUAUAUAUUUUAAUUCUCUGGGAUUUCUGGAUACCAUCAAAUCCUGCUGUUCAUAGAGAGAAGCCUGUCCUUUCUCCUAAAUCUACAAUGUUCUUUUUUAAAACUCAACACAAAUAUAAAAGAAAAAAACACAAACCAA